AGAUUUCUCGAUCGCAGAACCCAGAUUCUCAGCCAUUUACCUUGACAUUUUCACUCGCAAAUGGCUGACAAGUAGCACACGCUUGCGCAUACUGAUUCCCAUCACGCCUUGCGACCAACCACGAAGUUUGAACUUUAUCACGUAAACCUUUCAGAAGUUAUGAUGAUUUCAGUUCAAUAAUUGUCACCCUAAUAAAUGCAACAAAAGUUUGGUCUCUAAUGUUAUCAGUAUAUUAUCUUUAGAAUUUUUUUAAAUACCGAAAAGAAUUUAUAUUCAGAUGGUUGUAAACUUCCUUUUUUUUAUUCUUUAUGUCUUGUUUAUGCGGCAUUUUCCCACAACAUUUAAUGUGAUUGUACACAAUUUCAGCAAGUUAGCUACUUAAAACCAGCUCCCUAUACAAGUGAUUGCUUCAACUAUUCCAAAGUGUGGUUACAGCGAUCUGGAAAAGCGCCUCUCACCAAAAGAUUGUGCUCUGAAGAGUGUAGGCUUAACAAAUCUUUGGAAUAUUUCGGAUGUGUGAGCUCAUACUUCGUAAAAUAUCCAAAUAUGGCGCCAAUGUGUAGAGAAAUUCGUGCGAAAGAAUUCGAAGAAUGUGCCCACUUUUGUCACCAAGCCUGUUUUCGAGAAGAUAUUUCUGUCGACGUCCAAGAACAUCCUUUUGCAAAAUCGAAGCUUGGAAUUGCUAAAGAGGACGAAUGCAGGUCAUUGAUUAUUUUUUCGUUCAAUAGAAUGGAAGUUCUCGAAUACAGAUAUUCUGAAAAAUAUCAGAGUGUGUCUCUAUUUUCGUACAUCGGAGGAUAUUUAGGACUUUGGCUGGGGAUCUCUUUAGUGGCUAUUUGUGAUGUCAUUGAAACCGCCAUUUUGAUUGGUCAAUGGAUUUUUCAGAAAGUACAUCAGGCGGACAAUAGAAUUCAUCAAAAAGGAUCCUUCCAAAUCAAAAGCGGAGGAAGAGAAUUUUGGAUUAUUUAAUUUCAAGACGAAUAAAAAUAUUUAGUGAAUGGUAUUUACAGUAUAAUAUUUUCAUUUUUUCAAUAGUAAUUAUGAAAAUUAGUUUCAAA